UUGCAAAAGUAUAAGAGAAAGAUGUUGGGUCACUUGUUCCUUACCACUCAAUCAAGACACAAGAGAAUGUUGUUCUUGGGCUUUGUGACAUUGUUGGCUGCACUGGGGAUUGCUGGUUCUACCCCAUCAUGUUACACUGUAGUAAAUGGGAGUCCUCCUUUGUGUUCCUCAUGCAGUGGAACGUGUGUGCAAAUUUCUGGAUGCACAUGCUCAAAUACCUCAUCGUGUGUACCUGAUGCAGGGUGCACCUUAAAUUCCUCUUCUUGCUGCCCUGCAAAUCUUUCCUGGAAUCCAAACUUGAACUGUUGCACAGCGGAUCCAUACUGUUCUCCAACAUGCCUUGCAGAUGAAGUCUGUUUAUAUGUGAAUCAGACAGCAGUUUGUGCUGCUAACGCGACUUACUAUACGUCUCAAGGCCUGAAUGUAUACAAUGUAAGCUAUUCAGUUAAGUGUGAAAGUUCAAACAUGACAAUCUCUGUGGGUAAGAAUUUGCUGGAGGUUCUCGGUUACAAGCCGUCUGCAUCCACAUUGUUGCAAUCCAACUGUUCUGGAGCCGUAGAAAGUAUAUUGAAUGGGCAGCGUGUGUAUUCAUUGACUGUGCAAAAUGGUGUUGGCAUCUGUGGCAAUAAUAUGGUGAAAAAUACAACUACUGUGUCUUACACAAAUGCUAUUAACGUUCUCCCAAACACUGACAAUGGACUUUUGACCGUUAGCAAUCUUAAUAUUGCCUUUACUUGCUCAUACAAUAUUUCCAUGUGGACGUCUCUGUUCACAGUGUUUAAGCCAGUUGUGAGCACACAGAAUCUGAACUCUGGAGGCUCUAGUAGCAGUGCCCUCACAUCAAUGGCAGCCUAUACCAACCCAUCAUAUUCUGUGCCGGUGCAAGAAUCACAACAAGAAAACAUGCCUAUAGGAUCAACUCUUUAUUUUGGGAUGAGUACCCAGUUCCCUGACCCUAUUUUUGUUUUGCGGAUUGAGCAAUGCUUUGCUACCCCAACCCCUGAUGGUUCUGGCGCCAUCAAAGUUCAGCUGAUUCAAGGAGGCUGUACUACAGGACAAGUUGGUGUCCAACUGAUAGGAAAUGGAAAUUCCAGUGAGGUUCGCUUCAGCAUAUCCUCCUUUUCCUUCAAGAAUUAUGACUCUGUCUACAUUUUCUGUAAUGCUCGUCUGUGUAACAAAGGAUCUGGAACAUGCGCAUCAUGCGGAUCUUCCCGUGAUGUUUCUGAAGAUAUUCAACAGUUCUCUCUGGGCCCUUUCUCUUUUGUUGAUACCGAGGAUAGUUCUGCUGUCUCACACAAAGGUCUGUCUCUAACCAUACUCAUGGCUAGCCUUCUGACAACUUGGAUACUGCUGAUGUCUGAGUUUUGAGUACUAGAAUACUAGGUUGCCAAGAAGAGGGUCCAUUUUCUUUUUCCUGAACCAGCUGAUCACUUGCACGGCCACAUGAGGUUGCCUUCUACACUUUGUAGGCUCUGAUGCAACAUUAUAUGUAUGAGAUAAAACUGUAUUUAUUGUACUUCUGUGAGCAAAUAAAAAGAUUUCACAAGGCUUCAAAAA